UCAAGUUAUAGAGUACAAAGGUGUGUCAUUUGGCUUGUUAACGUCACGAACUUGAUAAUUCCAAACUCUACUGAUAAGGGGGCACUCUUCUCUCCAGAAUAUAUUAUAUCGCCAUGAACGGCCUUCUGAUUCUCUCCUGUCUUGUCGGCUCCAUUGCCGCCCAGUUGUCGGUACCUUCAACAUGCCAGAAAAUGUGUACCGCCCAGUACUCGCCGGUCUGUGGAACCAACCACAUUACCUACUCUAACAUAUGCAAGCUACAGAUCGCGCAAUGUGAGUACAAACUGCACCACCGCUUCCUUGGAUUGUCCCACACAGGAACCUGCUCCUCUUCCGGUGGCACCGUGUCGGUACCGGACCACUACGACUGCAGGAAUCCGGAACCUUGUGACGAGGAAGAGACGACCGGAGAGGUCUGCGGAUCUGACGGAGUGACUUACAAGAGCCAAUGUUUGUUGGAGCAGGCGGCCUGUGGUUUAGCUUCCGCCGGAGAUCACAUGACCAAAUCUCACAAUGGCGCUUGCACCGCAAUGGAAACCAGCCACGAAUGUCCCACCAAAUGCGACACCACUGUGGAUCCAGUGUGUAGCAACGCCAACGUCACAUACAAGAACCCAUGUAUCUUGAAGCAGACUUACUGUCGAUUUUUGAAAUACAAUAACCCCACAUACUUAGAGAGGUACGAAGUUAAUCACGCAGGAACCUGUGAUGGAUCGGACCCAACCAAGACCGUUGCAGUUGAUUGCAACCAGUACAAGCCCCACCUUGGAUCUGUCGCCAUUGAGGGCUCCACCAGCACCUACUCUUGUCCCCACAUUGACUCGCACACCAGGUCCGACUACGUGUGUGGAUCUGACGGACACACCUAUUACUCUGAGUGCUACUACUGCCAACACUUGGCGCGUGUGAGCAAAAAUGGCGACACCUCAGGAGCGUCCAUUCUUAUGCAGGGAGUCUGUCCUCGUUACCUUACUCAGCACGUUAUCGGAUAAAGUUAUUAUAUCUAUUGUAUAUGAAUUAAACCGACAACUUUUCUAUGAAA